AUGGCUGAAGUCGAGCAGUCCGCACAGGUCGAAGACCAACAGGCAGAGGCACAAAGCUACUACGAUCAGUUGCUCGGAAACGCUUAUGUCAAAACGGCAAUCAACGCGUACACCAAGACCAAAGAGUUCCAUCCACUAAUCAACUCGACGUUCAACGUUGCCGAGGAGAACGUGUCGAAAGUGAGCAAUUACGCGACACAAAAAGCGUACGACGGCUACAAUUCGUACUAUGUGAAGCCACGAGACACCGCCUACGAGGCCGUCAGUUAUGGUACCGAACGGGCGAAGACCGCUGUGGAGAGCGGAAAACAGGCGGCCAUUGUGACGGGAACGUUCGGAAUCGGAGCCGCCGUCGUGCUCACUCAAUUCUCGUUGGCGUUGAGUGCCGGUGGCGCCGCGCUCGUUCUCGAUCAAGUCGAUAAUGCGAAGAAACUCGGUACCAGUGCGAUUUCGACGAUUAAGGAGGCGGAGCUUGCUGUGGAGCAUCGAAUCUACUCGGCUCUUCAUCAAGCUCAACGAAUUGCGAUGGUGCCGGUGGAGAAGGCGACGGAGAACACGAACGCACUGUUGGAUGUUCUCGAAGGGGCGGUGCAGAAAGGGUUGAAUGUCGAGGUGACACCGGCGGUCGGUGCCUCCAUCACGCAGAGAGUCAAGAAUUUGGCGGCGUUGAUUGUGAAGGGUGUUAAUAAUAAGGCCCACGAUCACGUGAUCGAUCCGAUCAACGAGAAAGCGCGUGCGUAUCUCGAACAACUCAGUCAAUCCUUUGUCCUUCUCGACAUUGUUCGCGAGAAGAAGACGUGGGUUAUGGAGAAGACGAACGAGAUCACGACGUCUGUGUACGACUUCAAGAACAAGUUGGAGACGGAGGCGAAUCAGUACAAAGUGGCACCGGAGGAGAUGUUGAUGAAACAUAUUCAGUCGACUUCCGAACAACUCGCCACACAGUUGAAGGCGUUGCGUGAGAAGGGACAGAUUGUCUUCGGUGACAACACAAAAAUCGAGACGACCGUCGACUAUCUCGAGAAGCUGAAGACAAACCUCUCGGAAGCCGGUGACGUCUAUCAAGUUCGCGAUGAGGUUCUCAAUGAGGCUCGCCAACGGAUCGCCGAGUUGUCCGCGUGGACUACAAACCUUCUGGUGAUCUCCGCCGAAUUGGAAUUCGAGCCGGACGAUCUCCACAUCGACGAGCUCUACUUUGAAGCGCCGCCACGUGUCUCACUUCGCGAACGAAUCUUGUUUAGGAAUCGUGCUUAA